AGGCGACACGGUAAAUUUGGUGGAAUGUACACGGAGCGAGGACGAGGUUGAACAAGUUUCACUAUUACUAAGAAGAGAGGUCGCUGUGAUGAAGGCUCAUGUCCCUAUAAUGGAAGGUAGAGUCGUUUCCAAGGAAUGGAGGUGACGGCUGCGAGGACACUCCGACGAUGAAUUCCUCUGGGAGGAAUACUAGUUCAGAGUUUUUAAUCCUGUAUACUGAGGGUCCAGGAAUGAAGCAGGAUGUCAAGGCCCAUCUCCUGGCCUCCCAGGAGCUGCUGGUCGAGUCCCUGUACAACCUCGCCCCUUUGCUGGACUGUGCCCUGGCCCGCGGGCUGCUGUCCCAGGACAACUACUACGAGGUGAAGGCGGAGAAGACACCCCCUAACAGGGCUCGGAAGCUGCUGGAGGUGGUACAGGCCCAGAUGGAUGAACGGGAGGCCUCCUGCUUCCUGGAGUGCCUGAAACGAUGUGAACAUCACUACCCUCGCCUUCGGUCAUGGCUAUCUCAUAAUACAGAUAUCCAACGUGGACCAACAGAAUGCCAACUUCAGAGCCAGUUUAGUGUUCUGUGUGCCCGCCUGGGUCACUCCACCCUGCCUGUGUCUCUGGCGCUGUUCUCCACUGGCAUCAUCACCCAGUUUGAGCUUGACCAGGUCCAGUCAGCAACCAUCCUCUACCAGCAAGCUCAGAAGCUGCUGACCAUCUGUCUGUCCAAGGGAGAGAGCGCAUGCAGGGCCUUCUACAGUGCUCUGAACAACGAAGAUGAGAACCUGGCAGAGGAGAUCAGGACUGGUGGUUUGCCUGAAGCUCUUCCUGUUUUGUCGGUGGAAAAUGAAUCUGACGUCAACAGUUUCCCAAUAGCUGUUGAGGAGACCAGUGCUGCUUCUGCAGAGGCUGACUCGCAGUCAGGUAUACUACAGGAAGUGCUGGGCCUGCUGGGUAUUGUGAGUGGAGAGGCCAGGCUGAAUAUCUGUGAGCUGGGGGUCAUGCUGGGUCUGCCCCGCUGGUCAGUCAGGGAGGCCCUGUUGGAAGAGGUGGGGGUCGAGGAUGGAGUUCAGCUUGAGGUGAUGGUGGAUCUUUUCCUCCAGAAGACCCAAGAUGCACCACUUUUGCUCAGCAGAGUUCAGCAGUGUAACAUUCAGAGAGCACAGCUGUCUGAGAGAGGUAGCCUAUUGCUCAAGCUUCUUCAGGAAGCUGAGUCACUUCUCCAUCGCAGGGACUUCCUGCACGGUGGGGGCCAAGCCUGCACUGGGGACCUCAGAGACAUGGUGGAGGCCAUCUUCAUCUUCCUGCUGAGGGAAUGCAUGGCGCAGGUCCUGGAGGAACCCAUCUCUGAGCCAGGCAGGAGCGCGCUGGAGUGUGUUGCCGAGUUACGGGCUGGAGACAUGGUAGAUGUUUCCUUGCUCCAAGAGUUGGAGGAAUGCCUGAGAGAUGGAGGAGCAGAGGCCAUGGGACAGAGUGCACGAGUGCUGGCCCAGAUCCUACGAGACCUCCACCCUCAACAGCACUGCCUCCACCUGUCUCCUCCACAAGAUGGGACGUACUCAUGCCGCCCACGGAAAAUCCACAGGAUCACGCGCUUCUGUGGUCUGCUCACUCGAGUCAUUCGCAAAGUGGGUAGAAGUAGUGGGUUUUCACUCUCUGCUGCCGCGAUAGACCAAGAUGAACAUUUGCUAACCAGACAGCACAGAGAGGUCUGUGUGCGAGUAGCAAGGCUGCUGGAGAGAGUGCGGCCAGAUGGUGGUGCCACUGCCCAUCAGGGUGACUCUGACGCUGCCAUCACACAGCAUCUCAAAUUCACCUUGUCCCAGGAGGGAUUCAGAGCUGAGGUCUUUGAUGCUGGGAUGAGGCACCGUUUGCUGGGGAUGCUGGAGUUCAGCCCUGCACGGAUGGGACUGGGGUCUCUAAUGCAGCUUCAUCUGGAGACCCUCGCUGGGCUUGAGCGCUACCUGCAGCAAGGGGAGCACCACAGCUUCCAGUUUGCUAUAGAAUCCGUGCGAACGCUCGGAGGGGCACAGCUGUGUUCCGUAGAGCAUGUGCGAGGUCCGGUUGCCAUCGACAACGGCUUAGAGGAGGUGUACUGUUUUAUGACAUCAGAGCCGACCUCAUUCCUGGUGAGAGUUUGUUGCCGUGGCUAUGAAAGGGAGUGUCGGUUUGAGGUGUGCAACCCACAGUGUGUACGUCUUUCUCAGCUGGACUGGGCCACUUUACAGGACACACACAGGGUCACAGAGGGGAUAGUUCUAGCUGAGGAGGGAGGCUGUGUAUGGGUGAGAGAGGGGGACAUGGGCUGGAUGGAGAAACUACAGGUUGAAAUGCAAAGAAAUCGUUUGCAACUGAAUGACCAAGGGUGCUGCUUUAAGGUCACCAGUCAGGAGUCAGAAUGCAAGAUCAAGUUCAUUUAUAAAAAUGGACGAAUAUCAGCAUGUGCUGUUACAAACUGUGAUAUCCUGUAAUUUUCCACUUUACUUUUCAAGGGGGAACAACCAUAACAGUACUUUUGCACAUGUAGAGGGGAGCAGGACUCGGUUUCUGCAAGUGAAAGUUGAAGAAAAGUGCUGAAUCUAUGUUUAUGGGAGUAUGACUCUGCAUUUCCUGUGUGUGGACACACAUACCACAAAACAGGAAGGCGGAUUUCACUGCUACAGACUUCACUAUUGUACCACUUUCUUCUCUGAAGUAAAACCUAUUCAUGUAUACAAUAAUACACACAUAAAUAAUCACACAAGACAAGUACAUAAAUGUUGAUUUUUUUUUUAUAUUUAAUAACUUAA